AUGACUUCCGGUGGGGUAGCUGACCACUCGGACAAUUCCGGCCAAUUUAUACUUACCCUGGGAGAGCGUGUAAACGCGUUAGAGAUUGAACUGACUUCUCUCAAGUCAAAACUAAACGAUAAGAAUGCAGUCCGGAAGUGUGAAUGUAUCAAUCCCGUUUUGGAAAAGGAUCCGCUGGCUAAAAAUGUAAUGGACGAUACAAACCGCCACAAAAGAUUUCUCACUGUGCCAACAUCGACAGACGGAGACAAAGUUGCCUUCUAUGGCUAUGUCAGCGGAGAUGAACUCGCUUCUGGACGCCAGCAUAUCGUUGACUUCGACGUUAUUCAAACAAACAUUGGAAAUGGCUUCCAUACUCUCAGUGGAAUGUUUAUUGCUCCCCAUCCGGGUCUUUACGUCUUUACCUGGGUGAUACAAAGCACGUGGACUGGGAUAGUCUACACACAGCUGAUGAGAAAUUCCGAGGUUGUAGGAGAGGUCGUGUCCGAUAGCACCCACACUAAUGAAUUUCAUAGUGCCACUGGUAUAGUGGUUACACAGCUGAACCAGGGAGAUGAGGUUUACGUAAGACGGAAUCCUAACCAACCAUCAUCUGGUCAUAUUAUAAGUCGAGAUGGGUAUAGAUCGUCUUUUAGUGGAUGGAAGAUUUAA